AUGGACCCUGAAAAGGGGGCGCAGAAGGGAUGUGCGGGCGGACGGACUCUUUUGUUCCUCUUCUUGUCGUUGUAUGCGAUCUCGUGCCGUACUGACGUGAGCGUUUGUCUCUCUCUUGUGUCCGCAGGUCUGGGCUGGGUCGGCUGGAAGAACGAGUCCCGUGACGGACAGCCCAUCGAGAUCAAGUUUGAAUUCGACAAGGUGCGAGAGUUCAAGGCGGUGCACAUCUUCUGCAACAACCAGUUCAUGAAAGACGUUCAGGUGUUCUCCGAGGCGCAGGUGUUCUUCAGCGUGGGCGGGCGCCACUUCAACGGCCAGCCCAUCACGUACACGACCAUGGAGGACCGCAUCUUCGAGAGCUCGCGCAACGUGUCCAUCAAGCUGCACCACCGGGUGGGCCGCUUCGUCAAGCUGCGGCUCCACUUUGCCGCCAAGUGGAUGCUCAUCUCGGAGAUUUCGUUCGACUCAUCGGUGGCGCACGGCAACUUCACGCCCGAGCCGGCCGAGACGGGCGACAGCACGGACCAGCAGCGGGACGUUUACGUCGAGAAAGAUGCCAAGGACCGGCCGCACACCAAGACGCCCGUGGCCUCGGCCGAGGACGAGGACUCGACGUACAUGGCCGUCAUCAUGGGCGUGCUCAUCGCCGUCAUCCUGCUGCUGGCGGCCGUCAUCUUCGUGAUCGUGUCGCGGCACCGCAAGCGCAAGUGCUUCGCCUCGCCGCUCAACUCCAAGAGCGCCCUGCCGACGUCGCACGCCGCGCUCUCCGCCUCGGAGAAGGCCGUCGGUGCCGGCGCCGGCGGCUCGUCGACGGGCUGCGGGACGCUGAGCGGCGCCUACGGCGUGCGCGAGGUCGGCGCCGGCGGCCUCGUCGACGGCUACGGCCACGUGCACGGCGCGCCGCCGCCGCCCGGCGGCCUCGGCGGCGACAUGGACCACCUGCUCGAGGGCAAGCUCGACGACUACCAGGAGCCGUACCAGGCGCUCAAGUACGCACCGUACUACUCGUACAGCACCGUGGUGAUGGAGCUGGGCGACCAGCUCACCAGCAAGUCGGCCUCCACCCCGUCCGACACCACGUACGACUACGCCGUGCCCGAGUCGGGCGGCGGCAUCCCGCUGCUCAGCCCCGAGGCCGCGCUGCCGCUGCCGUCGUCGCGGGCCUCGGACAAGGGCAGUCUCUUCUCCAAGAGCUCGUCCUGCAACGGGUCGCGGUCGGACGACGCCAAGAGCAGAACGUCACCUGCCCACCACCAACAGGACGUCCUGCGGUCCCUGAAGCGCCGCCUGCAGACUGCCGUGCCCGAGUUCCCCAGGCACAGGCUCAGGAUGCUGGCCAGGCUCGGGGAGGGGGCGUUCGGCACGUUGUACGUCGCCGAGGCCGACGGCAUCCCCGAGUACGGGACAACCACGUCUCUUGGCAAGCGGCUGGUCGCUGUCAAGUUCCUGAAUCAGGGCGCCGGCGAGAAGGAAAAGGCCGACUUCCACAAGGACGUGCGGCUGCUCUCGGCCCUGGAGGACCCGCGGCUGGCGCGCGUGCUCGGCAUGUGCUCGCGCGGCGAGCCGCUGUGCGUGGCGCUCGAGUACCUGCCGCACGGCGACCUGCACCGCUUCCUGCGCGAGCGCGCCCCCCUGGACCAGCUCGACGAGCACGCCGUCGACUUCAACACGCUCCUCUACAUGGCGUCGCAGAUCGCGUCCGGCAUGCGCUACCUGGAGACGCUCAACUUCGUCCACCGCGACCUGGCGGCGAGGAACUGCCUAGUCGGCGAUAAUUACGAGAUCAAGAUCUCGGACUUCGGCACCGACAACGAGCUGUACUCGGCCGACUACUACACGUUCGGCGAAAACGUGGCCCUGCCCGUGCGGUGGAUGGCGUGGGAGUCGGUGUUCCUCGGCAAGUUCACGACCAAGAGCGACGUGUGGGCGUUCGCCGUCACGCUGUGGGAGAUGCUGCACCUGUGCACCUGCGCGCCGUACCCGGACCUCGACAACGCGGGCGUCGUCGACAACCUGGCGCACCUGCGGCCGGGCGAGGACGCGCUGCGCUUCGAGCCGCUGCCGCCGCUGCCGCAGCUGCCCGCGGCGGCGCGCGACGUCUACGACCUCAUGUGCGAGUGCUGGCGGCGCGCCGAGGCCGAGCGGCCCAGCUUCAGGGAGAUCCACCUCUUCCUGCAGCGCAAGAACCUCGGCUACGCGCCCGUGCUCACGUGACAGCCGCCCCGCCUCGCCACGGUGCGCCACUCGCGCUCCUCGUCGUCGUGCUCGGCGCGCUUCCUCGUGUCGCGCUACCAGAUCCACGACAAGUCGAGCUUCCUGUCGAGCCUGCGCGGCAAGGGCGGCGGCGGGCGUCCGCCCCCCGCGGACUGCUAGUAGCGGCAGCGGCCCCCGUGGCGGCGUGGCCUGGCCGGCCGAACCAAAGAACUGACAAUCAGAAGGGUGGUGGGUGACCGGCCCGCGCGGCCACCGCGGCCACCACGCGCCGCGGACAGCUCGCCUGCCCCAGCGGUGCGUGGUGGCCCCGGUGAUCGGCGGGCGUAUCUACUUAAUGUUUAAGUGUGGAAGGAUGAGCUAGUGGUGUCGUGACUAAAACGCCUAGACUGAGGCUAGUGACAGCAGCAGCAGCUGUACCCUGUACCCACCGUGACUGUAUCAUAUCCGUGAGCCAGCCAGGUAUUAUCUGAAAACUGCACGACUGAUGACCUUUGCUGUGUCAAGUUGCAGCUUUUAAAUACAUGCGGCUCACAAUAGCUUUGUAUUUUAAAAAUUGUUGAUUUUUUUCAUGUAUAAAUGUAUAUGUAUAAUAAUGUAAGUAAAGUGAUCUUUAGUCAGAGGUAAGAGCUGAUUUCUUAAAGGCAGUUUAAGUUUGUCAAAACUGCGGACAUAGUUAGUAGUUCUGUUGGCUAUCCAAGUGUACAUAAUUGUUAUCCCCUCUUUCUACUAUUGGCCUUUUACCUGACUUGACUUUCAGACUGCUAACUGCUAGCUAUCCUAUCUUCUAGCACCUACAGAUUUUUAUUAAAGUUAAUGUUUCCAUUUUACCUCUGAAAACUUCAGAAAAUUGUGCAUUCUGUGCAUUGGACAAAUGAAAGAUAAAAGCCUGCACUUUCGGUAACUUUGUUGGGACCAUUUCAUUAAACAGAAGUUGAGGCAUUUUCUGAUCAUGAUCAGACUGAUUUCAUUUUGAGAUUUUUCUUUGUUUUUGUUUUAGAUUCUGAUGGUGCUACAUGAGAUAAAAAUGUAGAUACUUGGUCUUGUAAGCGCCCUCACCCUAUAUCCCGGCUAGUACGACAGAAACUUUAACUUCACGGCUCAAACGCCCUUUUUGUAUGUAUUGUACUGUAACAUUCUUGUGUUUAUUGGUCAUUUAAUUUGUUCAGAACUAUUGUCUUUUUAAUGAAGGAGCUCUUUAAAGUAGCUUGUGAUAUUUUUAUAGUAAGUCUUAUAUUUAUGUUUAUUUAUCACAUGGUUUCCAUGAGCCUAUGAAAAUGUUUGUACAUUUAUUCACCAAGGUUAAGUUAGUAAGCAAAAGCGUGAGCAGGGCAUUUUGUCAAUGAACAUUGAGAUAUUCCUCAUAAAAUUUAUUCAGUGUACAAGUUGUAUAAGGCACCUAGCUCUUAACCUAGUCACUUAGUAUAAUGUGAAAAGACCUUACGCUGUGAUUAAAUUUAUUCUUUUUUUUUAAUGCAAAGGACACAUGUAAAUGAGAAACUUAAUAGCAUGAAUGUCACAAAAUAAAAGUUUUUUAUGUGUAGGUGUUAACAUUGUGUUCAACUAGUUAGAUCAAUAGGACCUUGUUGCUUCAUUCAUGUUCACAGACACAUUUGCAUUUCUGCACCAAGAACAUAAAAGUAAAUGAUGGUAGGAAAACCCUCCCAAUUCAUGAUUUUGAAUAACACCUUUUGGCACUUUUGCAUCUCCAAUAUUGUUUACUUGUGAAACUUCGUAUCAAAGGAAUUCGUAUUAUUUAUACUAAGCUACAAUCAAAGUGUUAAAACACAAAAUACACAAGACCACUGCCUGUAAAAGACUUCAACUAUUUAUCUUUCAAUUUGAAUUGCUAUCUAAAAUGUAUAACUGUCAUGUGUCCUGUUACUUAUGAAUGGUGCAGAAUUGGUGUCUGCUGCUGUCAAGUUAAUAAAUGACUGGUGAAUGUUAUAGUUCAGUGCAAAAACUACUUCUCUGAAAUUAAAAUGUUAAUGCAGUUUUCCAUACCCUGCUAUUGGAUUGCACAAUCAAGCGCAUAUCAUUGGGUAUCAUAGUUUGGGCCAAGUGUUCAUCUCUUACACUCGCCCAUGUGAUGUGUCUAUAUAAAAAUUUGUAGGAAGGCAAUGCGAUUGCAUGUAUUUAAUAAGUCUUUGGAAAAUAAAGAGCUCUAGACAACAUAAAA